ACAAUUUUUUCGAUAAAUUCAUAUUUUAUUCCAAGUUAUAUACUUCUGAUUGAUAAAUUAGAGUGCGACUGUGGGACACCCAGUAUCUGUAUAUGUAUAAUGUAUAUAGUUUGUUUGAGCGGUUUGAGCUAAGCAGUCAAGUUAGUAAAGUUGACGAAAAUUUGAGAAAUAUUGUUAUUUAAACAUCCUCAUAAGUGUUAAAUAUUCAUGUUUCAAGUCGAUUUCCUUGGUAAUUGAAUUUCGUCACUGGAGAAUUGGAGGUCCACAUUGAAAGUGCGGGUCAUGCCGACCACUGGUAGAGUAAUGUAAUGAAUAGCUGUGGGAACUCAAAUAUUGGCACUAAGCUACGAGGAUCAAAGAUCUCGGAAAACCAACAAGAUUCUGUUGAAAGCAAGCAAGAAGAAAAGUUGGAGAAAGACGACGAUAUUUUAACUGGACAUAGUUUAAACGAUUAUAAUAUACCAAGAGCAACGCUCGUAAUUUGCCAACGCAACUCAAACAAUUCAUCCAGUGAUCACACUUUCUCGAGGUUUAAACCGAGAACUGGAGGUGGAGCACGAAAUGAAUUUCGAAUGGCUCGUGGAGGAGGAAGCGGUGAACGUGGCAGAGGCGGCACGAGAGGACGAGCUUUUAAGAAAACACCAGUCGGUGAUAGAGACUCAAAUGCAGAGUCUAGCUAUCACCCCCCAUCUAGAUCCAAGUUUCAAGAAUCGUUGAAAAAUCACGAAAAUUCACAAACCAAGUACUACGAUGAUAAACGAAUAAAUGAGGACUCCAGAAUAUCAAAGUUGUUGAGACGCUUGUGUCGCGAGGACGAUGUUGAUCACUUUUUAGGACUUUGUAAACAAUUGCAAGAGGGUAUAUUGGCUCCAGAAAAUCAGAGAUACAUUCGGAGGAAUUUGGAUCUUAUUUGUGAGACUUUACUCGAUUCUUUGCAUUCAGGACCGGGAAUUAAAGCAAAACAUGAAAUUGUCAAGUGUUUGGGACGCGUUGGUUACGUUGUAGAUCAAGAUUUCAAGAGGUACAUGGAAUGGAUGUUCAACAAGUAUUCACAGGAACGAAAAGAUGAGGUGAAAUGUCUAUUAAUAAAGUCUUUUGGCGAAACAUUAAAAUUAGACGCCGAGGCACCAAAAUUAAAAGAAUUUUCAGUGUCGAUAAUGUUUCAUCUACAAUCACUACUUGAAAAUGUAGAAAGACCGGAUUUACUGACAACGACUGUUGACGCAAUGCUACUUAUAAUAGACCUUUAUCCGGAAACAUUUACUGGUCAUUUCCGUGAUACAGUUGACAUUCUCGUCGGCUGGCAUAUUGACUUAACGCAGCAGAAGCCAAUUGUUGCCUAUGCGAGCCGUAGUUUACAAAAAAUGCGCAAUUUUUGGUUGGCCGAUUUACAAUUCACUUUAACAUUACUGGGUCAAUUUUUAGAAGAUAUGGAAAGUUAUGACGAGGAAUUAUCAUUACCGGGUUCUGGCCGCAGUUCACCUGACGAUGAAAGUGUUCCCUGCAUGAAAGAAUGCAUUCUCAAAAUUACUUCACUUAUUUCCGUUUUUAAUACCGUGACUAAAAGUAUUUUAGAUCAUUUAAAUCCAAAUCUCAAUCCCGCUGUUCAAUGGUCCUUUUUAAAUGAUUGUCUCUCGAAAAUGUUACGAAUUGUCGUGAAAGCUAUUCAAGUCGAUACAAAUAAUAUUCUUCUAUCGAAUGAUUUAGAAAUUUCAGAGGAUAAUACCGAAACUUUGAUUAAAUGUAUGAGAAGUAUGAAUCUUUCUCAAAAGAAUAUUGCAACAGUGUUGAAUAAUUUGAAUAAAGAUGAAAUGAAUGAAGAAAAUCUUGUUCAACUCAUCAAAUCAAAUUUUAAAACAAAUGACAACAAGUCUGCUUCUGAUAAUUGUAUAAUACCAAAAGAAAACGAAGAAUCUUUAUUGAGUAUAUUGAAAACUUUGGAUUUAGCAUCGAGAAAAAAUGUUGAUCUAGAAGAAAAAGAGGAAUUAAUUGUCGUUGCGAAUGAAUGUGCCUUUUUACUUUUGGGACAUCUUCAGAGUCGUGUCACAAAAAAUGAUGAUUUACUGUAUAAAUUCAUUGAUCUUCAAUUGCAAAAAGUUGAUAUAUUUUGGGAUGAUACAAUUGUUUCAACAUUGACGACAAUUUCAAAAGUUAUUAAAGAAGUAUCGGCAAAUCUUCCACUUGAAUUGGUUCAUAAAUUAUUGGGACAAAAUUCCAUUUUAUUAAAAUUACGAUUCAGUGAUACGGUUUCAAUCCAAAAUGCAAGUCUUGGUGUCUAUCAGAGUCUUUUGAGUUUGAAAAAUAUUCCACUACUUCAAGAAGCGUAUCGCUAUGUACUUGCUGAUUUAGAAAUUGCCUAUAAAUUGAUUGUAACGGAUGUGGAAAAUUUGGUUAUUGACAAUCCAUUGUCUAAUGUUUCCUAUAAGAAGAAAGACGCCGAGUUGGUAGUCAUUUUUUUACUACGAGCUUUAUCUGAUAUUGCGAAUGCAAGUAAUUCGAUAAUUGGAAUGUGGGCUUUGAAACCAAGUAUUUUAGAAUUGUUGGCCGUCAAAUUGAAACCUUACGAUCCGGUUUUAUCCACAGAAAGUCCACUUUUACAAUACAGUAUUUUGUAUCUACUUUACGCUCAUUGUUCGAGGUACAAUCAUUUUGUGCCCAGUUCAAGUCUCAUAACGGGGACAAAUUCUUGUCGUCCAAUGGAUAUUUUUCCACUGGACGUGCCAACAACAUCGCCAAACAGUGGACAUUUGUCGAUAAUAUUAAAUCUUUUGGCAAAAACAUUUAAACAACAGAAUUGUAAUCAAACGAUUGUUCUUUUGAUCGAAUGGACGCAAGAAGUUUGCUAUCAAGCAGAAAAUUAUCUCGCUAUACUGAAUAAAACGGAAGAAUUCCAAAAUAUUAUUUCCAGUCUUCUUAAGUGUGCAGCGACAACAAAUCAUGAUAUUUCAUCAGCAAUGUGCAAUAUUUUUGAAAUGUUAUUCAACGCAAAGGGUAUUUUCUGGCCGGAAUCUAUUUACGUGGAAAUAGUUGAUUUAAUCGUAUUACAUUCGACAUCUCUGGAUAAAAUUGUACGUGAAAAAUAUGGACGUUUAUUAAUGAAUGUCCCACUGAACAUUGUUAUUCCAAAAUUGAACAAGGAAACUCUUCUCCCGGAAACGAAGAGAUCCAGACAGAUUAAGAAUUAUUCCAUAGAGUCGUUGACACUAGCCCAAAGGAUACACAUGCGUAGUAACAAUGGUGAGAUGCAGGCUCAAUAUUUCAAGACUUACAUGGCAUUCUUGCUCCAGGAAUAUUAUUUCGAUGCAUCAAGUUUGACUGAAAUUUUUACAUUGUGCUGGCCAACUGUAUCUGAGAAUGAGACUGUUGCGAAAAUUUUUGAGAUAGCAUUAGCGAAUUGUUCGUUUUUGUUCUUUUGGGGUGGUUUUGAAGCCGCCCAGCACUGUAUUGUCAAUAAAUUGCGUACACCUCUCGGCAAACCGCAGGAAACUUUUACAACUAUUGAAUGCGCUCUGAAGACAUUAGCCAGAGAAAUAUCCUACAAUACAGAAGUGAAAAAGCGCAAUAAACAAGAAUCACUCAAUAAACAACACACUCUCGAGCACACGCGUGUACGAUUGCUUGUUGAAUUUCUGGAACAUCUCGAGAGAGCGAUUCACAAUGCAGCCGAUGGUUGUGCGAUGGCGUUGUUACCACUUUCGAAACCAGUUCGUACAUUUUUCCACACAAAUCGACAAACUUGUCGCGAAUGGUUGAAUCGAAUUCGUCUCGCACUUUGUGUCGUUUCACUUCACUCGGGUUUAGCGACAAAUGCACUGCGCAAUGGUCAGCGACUACUGGAUGAUUUGAGCAGGACCGACAAUACACAGGGAGCAGAAUUUGAGAGAGCCGCUCUGUGCAUUGCUCAAGCAAUGGUGAAGCUCGGCGAGGCGGAAGCACUUCAAGGAUUGUACGUUUACACCAAGGAGAGGGACAGAAAGUUCCCGUGGUUGAAGCCGGCUAUUGAGGAGGCUUCCGGGCGCCAUGAGAUCGCUGCCGAGAAUUACAAACUGUUACUCGAAGAGCAAAAAGAGGGAAAUAAAGUGGACACUGACGGGCAGUUUGUGGCUUUUUGUUCGCAACAGUUGGUCAAUUGUUAUCGCUCAGUCAGCGAUUGGACUCAGCUUGAGAGCUGGAAGCAACGAGAGGCGAAUCAGGACAAUGGAAAGCAAAUAAUGGAGAAUAUCGUUUCACAGCAGGCAAAGUGUUUCAAAAAAUUCCAAGACGGCGAGACAAUUGUUCUCGAAGAACUCACAAAUUGGUCACUACUGGAUGAGGAAGCGAAGACAAAUUGGAGUUGCGUUAAAACAAUGACCGAGUGCUCCAAUACGUUAACAAAUAUCGCUCUCCGCAUCAGCGUCGAUGACAAGCGUGACACAUUUGUGCAGGAUAUUGAGAAAUGCCAAAGUUUCGCCGCCAAAACAAUGGAAGAAGGUCUUCGUAACGUGCCCUCGGAGUAUCUCACCGAUUCCAUUCUAAUGCAGUAUUCGUCAUCGGGUCUAAUUAAUCACUUAUCGGGGGAGAAGUCAGACAUUUUCCAACUCUCGCAAGCUGAUAAAAUCAAUCAUCUCAAUACUUGCACGCUGACCCAAAUUCUCUGGUGGUCGGACUACUUCGCCAGGAUUAACAAUCCCGAGUCUAUGGAGGAAGUCGCUAGUUUACGUUUACACGUAAUUCGAAGUGCCCGCAAGGAAGGAAACUAUAAUCUCGCCAAGCGUGAGAUUGUUCGCUAUUUCAGAAACGAGGACAAUUUAUUUCCCAACAAAGAUAUGGAAAAGUGUCUCUUCGCCGAUAUUGUGACGAAUGCCCUGACAAAUCCAGUUCAUGUUAAGUGGACCAAGAAUAACAUGCGCGCUUUUCGUGAAAUGUCAAAAUUGUUAUACUGUAUGGAGAGUACCGAAGAUGCGCUGAAAAUUUGCAGCGUCACCGCCCUUGGAAUAUCGCAAGCAAUCGUCAAUGGCGAACAGUCGACGGAACUGCGUGAGACUGGAACAAAGUUGUUAAUGACACUCGGUAAAUGGAUCCAACAGGACACGAAAGUGAGUGAAAAUUCACAACUAGAGGAGCUGCUGAGUUUCGAAUCAGUGCACAACGACGGAUUAAUGGAUAAAUUGUUCGGAAAGACCACAGAAUUAAUACCCGCUUCGGAUAUGAUAAUUGGCAAACUAAUGCAACUUGGCUUGAAUCAGUGUCCUGAUUUACCGCUCGCUUGGUGUAAUUUUGCAGCCUGGUGCUACAAGUGGGGCAAAAAGAUGGUGGACAAUUCGAAUUCGGGUCAGUUGACGGAGACCGAUAAAAUGAGUAUUAGAUCUCUAUUGCCGGUGGAAAUAUGCGAAAACGAUCUCACGGCAGUUUUCUCAAUACUGAGUCAAAACAAAGCAAUUCCCGAAGAUGAGGGCGACAUUGACAUGAAUGUGAUAAAUACUUCGGAGAUGAUUGAAAAUCAACUGAGAAAUGUGCCUGCAUUGUGUCACGCAAACAGUGAACAUCUUUCAAUGUUGGUGGAAAUAUGGCGACAGGCGCAAAAUCGUAUUUACUCUUACUAUGAACUGUCGGCAAAUGCUUACUUCAAAUUUUUACAAUUGGCAAAGAAAGACACGAACGAUUGUGCAACAAUAACGGCAACAUUGCGCUUAUUGCGAUUGAUUGUAAAGCACGCUUUGGAAUUACAAAAUGUACUCGAGUCGGGCUUGUCGACAACUCCGACUGCACCGUGGAAGGAAAUAAUACCGCAACUCUUCUCAAGAUUGAGUCACCCGGAGGCUUAUGUUCGUACCCGCGUUUCCGAAUUGCUGUGUCGCGUCGUUGAAAACUCACCUCAUUUAAUAACGUUUCCGGCUGUCGUUGGCGCCGUUUCGAGUCAGAAGAGAAAUUUCUAUGACGAUUCCGAGAAUGAGCAGUACUCCGAGGAGGAGAACGAUGACGUGAAUCAAACAUUCAUGGACAAUUGCUUCCUACAACUUGCCGAUUGUCUUUCGAAUAGAAUACAAGACUCAGUGGUACAAGUGAAAAUACUCGUGAGAGAAUUACGAAGAAUUACAUUGCUGUGGGACGAAUUGUGGCUGGCGACACUAUUUCAACACCAUUCGGAAACUUCCAAAAGAUUCGAACAAUUGGAAUUGGAAGUGCAACGUGUACAGGACAAUAUUUGGCUCGCGCCUGACGAUAAGGAGAAAUUAAUAGCUGAGAAGCAUAGAAUUAUUCUACGACCAAUUAUUUUUAUUUUAGAAAACCUCUUGUCAAUGACGUCAGUGACGGCAGAAACACCACACGAAAAAAUGUUUCAAGAGAAAUUUGUCCCGAGCAUUGAGAAAGUUAUCCAUAAAAUGAAGAAUCCAAAAAAUCCCUCAAAGCCACAAAUGGUUGCAUUGCCUCUGAAGCAACUUGAGAGCAAAUUGGCGCAAAGGGUGCACAAGAGAGGCGCUCAUUCUCUAUUAAUGACGGACAUUAGUCCAACGCUUGCUAAUUUGAAAGAUACAUGCAUUGCCAUGCCUGGCGUUAACAUGGUUAAUAAUAAAAUAGUGACAAUUCGAUCUGUUGACAAUAAUGUGCAAAUUUUACCAACUAAAACAAAACCAAAGAAACUUGUCUUUCACGGAUCCGAUGGCCAUGUUUACACUUAUUUAUUCAAAGGACUUGAGGAUCUUCACCUUGAUGAGAGAAUUAUGCAAUUUCUCAGUAUAUGUAAUACUAUGAUGUCGAAAAACAGUGAUACGAAAAAAGUCUACAGAGCGAGACAUUAUUCUGUCAUCCCCUUGGGUCCACGUUCCGGUUUAAUUCAAUGGGUCGACGGUGUCACUCCCCUCUUCGCUCUAUAUAAACGAUGGCAGCAAAGAGAGAGUUCGAUGAUUAAUAAAGGCAGUAGCUGCACAAUUUUACGACCGUCGGAUUUGUUUUACAGUAAAUUAACGCCACUGCUAAAGGAACGGGGCAUCACGUUGGACAAUCGAAAGGAAUGGCCACUUCAGGUACUUAAACAGGUUUUAUCUGAACUGAUGUCAGAGACACCGAAAGACCUGCUUGCAAAGGAAAUCUGGUGCAACAGCAUUAAUGCAGGAAGCUGGUGGCAGGCGACAAAAAAUUAUUCCUAUUCUGUCGCUGUGAUGUCUAUUAUCGGCUACAUUAUUGGACUUGGUGACCGACAUUUGGACAAUGUCCUCGUGGAUUUAAAUACCGGCGAAGUUGUGCAUAUCGAUUACAAUGUGUGCUUCGAAAAAGGAAAAACUUUGAGAGUUCCUGAAAAAGUACCCUUCCGAAUGACUCCAAACAUCAAAACUGCUCUGGGCGUCACAGGAGUUGAGGGUAUUUUUAGAUUGGCAUGUGAACACACAUUGAGAGUGAUGCGUCGAGGCCGUGAAACUCUUUUGACUUUAUUGGAGGCUUUUGUUUACGACCCGCUGGUGGAUUGGAGGGCAGGAGCUGAUAAUAGUAUCGCUACUUAUGGCGCUUGUCAGGCAAGAGCAAGAUGCACUGGCGUUGGAAGAAAACAACUCGAAGUUGAACUUACCCGAGCAAUGUUUGCCGUCAGGACCACUGAGAUGCGCUCCGAAUGGCUCGCAAAUCGAGAGGAAUUGGUUCAAGUUUUUCCGCUUCUGUGUCAUCAUAUGAACAAUUGGAUGGAAGCAACGGAAGCGACCCAACAAUGUCAGGGUUUAUUACAGGAUCGGCAUCAACAGUUAGCGCUCGUUAAGGAAGCUCAAGCAAUGGGAAGAAAUCAUGCUCUUUACUCAGUUAUCAAACGUUACAACACUUACAAACGGACAAAAGAUGCCCUUGAAAAAGCUAAAACCGGAUUGAAAGAUAAAAUAGACGAGUGUCAAAAGCAGAUCAACAUGCACAAUAUUGCUUUGACAGCAGUGCGUGGUUCCCAAUUGGGUCAAUGGUUGACAGAAGUCGGAAAUCCUGCCAAUCAAGAAGAUCAUCUGGUUUUCGACUUGGUGAAGGAAUUUCUCCAAAAUGCCGGGCAAAGUCAAAUGAUUGUUCAGUGUGAACAGUCGGAAAAUGAACUGACACAAUUAGCAAUGCAGCAAUUAAUAAUGAUUCGCAAUUGUCUCGACCUUUUGAGUCAAUAUUCGGCAAUUUGUAAUCUUUAUCCAAUUUCGAUGAUGGCUCAACAUCGCUCAGUGGUUUAUCAUAAUUGGGCGAAUAAAUUGUUAAUCACCGGCACUGUCGAAACGUGUCAAGAAGUAAUUGGGCAAUUAGAGGGGAAUUUCGACCCAACCAGUGGCACCCAAGUUGAACAGAUUAUUACAUUUUCAUACCAAAUGCAAGCGUUUCUGAAUAAUUCGAAUGAGAGAUUCAAGAAAGCCUGUCAGCGGAUGGUGACUGAGGGUUUGCCGGAGGCUUCAGGAUCGAUCGACAAGGCAUACACGGAGUCGAGGUCACAAAUUGGGAUAUUCUUGAGAAGGGAAAAGGGAGCGGAAAAAUCAUUGGAGUGCGUGAUAAUAACUGCUUUAUGUGCUUUGAAUAAGAGAUAUCUAAUGAUGGAAGGAGCGGCAAAGUGCGCGAGUGACUGCCUAGUGGAUUUGACAUCGAGAGAUGGCGAUUGGUUCCUCGACGAAAUGAGACUAAUGUCAUCGUUGAUUGCCGAACUUGUGACAUUAAUUCCCGACAGUCAUAAAACGAACAAUGAUGUUAAAAUUCCGCUUGUACUCAAGUGUCUCAAGAAUGCUGAUUUUAUUUACAAAGGUCUGCAAGAGCUCAACUAUAAUUUCCACACUAUUAUUUUGCCCGAAGCAAUGAAGACAAUAAUAAUUGAAGAGCCGACAGUUAUGCGGAUGGUCAACGAACUCGACGAGAUUAUUGUGUCGGUAGGAGUUCCCUUAGGUGAAAUACUCGCACAACUUGAAAUGCAUUUAAGAUUUACUGUCAUGGAAAUGGAAAGUCCUCACUCGAUUGUUCAAAAUCUCGUCGCACAGAUGAGACUCCGUUUUGAGAAUCUGCUCUCAAGACCUGCUGACGCACAGGAACUGCAUCAAGACGAAACUUUAACGCCCGGACAAAUGCUACUUAUGGGUUUUAACGGCCUGUUCGAGAAGUUGCAGAUGGAAGGUAAUACACUGGUAACGGCGUUGAGUACACUCGACAUACCGCCAAGUUGGAAGAAAAUCGACCAAAUUCGGGAAGCUAAAGAAAUGGCGGCGCCUAUUUUCAAUGAAAUGGCACGUGCUGUUUUGGACGACAUAUUUCUCAUCAAACGCCUGCACACGAUUCAAGAGUUUUUCAUCAUGUGUCGGGAUACUGCUGCGGCAUUCAAGGGAGGUUUGGCGAACGUGCACGACGAUGACAGACUCAACAAACCGGUGCGAGUCUUCACUGCCGACUAUGUUUCGCGGCAAUUGCUCGGCAUGACUUCGCAAACCUUAGCGAUAGCAUUGUGCUUCCUUCUGCAGAGAAUGGGCUUGAGUGUCACCAGCGAAAUUGAACAACGAGAUGUAGGAGCUGAGAGUAAAGUUUCGUUGGAAGAACUCUGCAGAAAAUUGCUUGAUUUGUGUUUGAAGAAAAAUUUAUUCUCUUCAUCGGUUCUAACGCAAGCAAGUGCUUUGAGUAAUACACUUGAGAGCGCAUGGCGUAGAAAACAGAGUUCGAAAUUCGCCCAACAAAGUGUCGAAAUAACUAGAGCAAGUGUUCAGAGACUUCAACUCCAAUUGACAGCUCAUCAUUGGCUACAUGAGGAUAGUCUCUUACUGCGAUCCAAUCUCAAUCCUUUAAAUCGACCAACUUUUAUGCUCGAGUUGCGAAAAUCCGCAACAGCUCUCACGGCUCUACAAUCACGAGUAUGCGAGGCAAGGGAGCAACAACAAAAUCUCGUGGCGAGUGCAAUUCAACGUUUAAAAUGGGCCGCUGGAGCGAAUCCGGCCUUAACUGAAGUAAUGUCCGCAUUUGAUAACGCCGUGUUGACAUCAUGUGAAAAACUCACGCGACAGCAUAAUUUAGCAGCAAUGAUUGUAAACACCUGCAACUCCAUAUUGCAUUACGAGGCAUUGAGAACAAGAACAUCGGAGAGUGUAUCAAGUGAUGGGAAUUUCAUGAAACUGGUAAGACAUUGGGAGGAAAGUUGUAAGUUGACGAUCAACUUAACAAUAACAGUGACAAUGAUUGAAGAGAGUCUUGUUGAAUUAUUACAAUUGGAAAACACUGUCGAUGCAAAUUGGUUAAGGCAAGCAGAGAAAUUAAUUUCGGAUGCGAUUGUUGAUACGCAAAAAGAAUUGCAAGAGAAACAAGAUGCACUUGUCAAUAUACAUGAGUGCUUAAGAGAGCAAGUGGCUAAUUUACAAACUGUUCUCGCUGAACAUCAUCGACUAAUGAGCGAGGUUCGUGUUUUAUUACGAACAAUGGCGAAGCAGGAGAAUAUUGUUGGAUUGCAGGAAUUUUUAACAACCUAUCGUUCAUUCACCGAGAGUAUUUCCUCAGUUGUCAAAGAAUUGGAAUCGGAAAAUCUUGACUCAUUGCGUGCGGUUGCUGUGAAAGGUGAAUUGGAUAAUUUAGCACUGAAAAUGCCAGCCUUGUACGAGGAACUGCUUGAAUUUGCGAACGAGCAGAGGACGAUGCUUAAAGCAGUUGAUCGGGAGUCCAGGAAAGUAAAACUCAUCAGACAGGAUAGUGUGUGUCUCAGUCCCAGGAAGGGAAUUCCAUUGGUCAGAGAUCCAACCACGGGAAAAGCUGUGCAAGAGAGGAAUGCGUAUGCCUUGAACGUUUGGCGUCGCGUGAGAAUGAAGUUGGAAGGACGUGACCCGAAUUCAUCGAGAAAGUAUACAACACCUGAACAGGUUGAGUACGUGAUCCGCGAGGCUCAAAGCUCAGAGAACCUGGCCCUUCUGUACGAAGGUUGGACUCCAUGGGUCUGAGAGAGAAUGGAAAACGGCGUUCAUCGCGCUGUUGGGCUCAACUCUUAUUCCACAUGGUACUCAAUCUUGUGCCAAUAACUGCUCUUCGUUGAAAGGCAAAACAACUGUACGAUCAGGGUGAUGAACAAAAACAAAAGCCUAUUAACACCUGGGAAGAAGAGCUUCUAUAAAAUACGGGUUCAAAAUAAAACAAAGCAAAAAAAAAAAAGAAAAAAAUGAAACCAAGGUUUAUUCCCGUGCUCCUAAGAUGGAACAUCUCACGAGCUAAAUUAUAAACCGCUCCGAGGUAACAAUUCUAAUGAUUAUAUCUCAAAAAAACGGUUGAAGCGUGCGCUGAGAGCUUGGGUAGUUCCAAGAAUCAUGUUUUUGAUCUAAGGAACAGUAAGUAGUUGACAUCGCCAAAAUAUAUCGCAACAAAACAAAAAUUAUGCAUUUCCAUAUACAAUAUUAAAUUGUUUAAUAAUAAUGAAAUUUUCAAUUCAAUCUUUAUUGACAUUUUAAAAAUCUUAAAUUUUUAAGAAAUAGACGUUUGUUUAAAUUAGAAAUAUUUCUAAUGAGAGGAAACUAAUUGUAAUGUUCAUUGUUUUCAUUGUUUUCACAAGCAGUACAAUAUUACGGAAUAUUAGCGAUAAUGCGAUGGGAAUGGCGAUGAUUAUUCGACGAAACUGGUUUCGUAAACACAGCAUAUUUCUGCUAGUUGUAUCGAUACAUCUGGGUGGAUACUAUUUUUUUUAUUAUUAAUUUU